AUGCUCGGAUGGAUGCUGGGGCGCGGGGAGAACGCGCCGGACGCGAUGGAUACUGGCGAUACCGCUACGAUCGAGAUGCCAGAUACUCCUGCGCCCGUAUUUGCUGCCAGAGCGUUCAAAAGUGCGCUCUUCGGCACUCCCGUCCGAGAUGCGCAGCGAGCAUCGCGGGACAAGGCUAGAGCGGCGAAAUCGACAGCUUUCACAACGGAUCAAGGUUCGGAUACUCCACUGAAGCCGCAAGGGAUCCUAUUGACACCUGGCACGGGAGCUUCGAGGCGGAAACGCGUAUCGUUCAACCAUGAUCUUGCCACGACAAAGACCAUUUCCCCAAAUAACGAGGGGGUUGCCGUUAGCAAGCGAACUCGUUUGUCCGAUGUUCUCGAUAAAGCGAGGCGCAAAAGCACCACCAACGUUUCCAACCAGACAGAGACUUUUACUGCCAAAGACGAGUCAGGCGAGUCGGACUGGGAGGAAGAAGAGCUUUACGAUGAAAAUGGUGAGAUCAACGGCCAAGAUCUUACAGUAGAUCUGAACGAGCCACAUUCUCAAUCUGGAAAAUAUUGGAAAGAGCAAUUCGAAAAAUAUCACCAGGAAGCGCGGGCGGAAAUGGAGAAGCUACUAAAAUACAAGAAACACCUCAAAUCUUAUGCGGAGGAGAAAGAUUUAGAAGCCAUCCAUCUGGCGCAGAGACUCAAAGAAGAACAAGAAAAGGUGGUUGCUAUGGAGAAGAAGAUUACAGAAAAUGCAAACUACAUGGUAUCAAAACAGAAAGGAGCCUCCAGUAGUAGCGAGACCACAGAGUUACUGGCGACUCUAACAAAGCAAACUGCUCUUGCGGCUCAGUACCGGCAUAGAGUUCAGGAACUGGAAGCCCAGCUUGAAGAACUGCAUCAGGGACGGGAAGACGACGAGGAAGCAAGAGAAUGGAGGCGGCUACAAGGCACGACUUCGCCCAACACAGCGAAGACUAUAAUCGAAACUCAGCGAGAGUUGCGACGAUCUCGAGCGCAACUCAAGGAGCUGGAUGCCCUGCGCAGCCAAGUAUCCUCACUCAAGGCUCAGCUAAAGACUGCCGAGCAACGAAGGAUUCCGGAUUUUUCAACUACUGACGACUUUAACGAUACGGCGAUUGUGAGAGAGCUCAAGGCACAGCUUAGGCAAGCAAAAGAAGCAUCGUCGACGAAAGACGACGAACUUCGCCAGGUGAAGAGGGAUUUUGAGGUGUUUAAGAAGGAGAGCGAAGCUCACGAUGCCGAUACCAAGGCCGUUCUUGAGCGCGCUCAAACAAAGAUCACAGAUCUCAAAAAAGAGCUCAAGACUCUCAAGGCCGGGAAAGCGGCUAACACAGCCCAGCCUACAGACAUGUUAUCAAGGCCCCCUGUCGCUACGAAUGGGGUCCGGAGGAGUAUUGACGUAGCAGACCUUGAAAGGCCCCGGCAACUCCCCGAGGCAAGCAGCUCCAAACUUCGCACCUUGCGAGACAAAUAUCGAAGGGAUGGCACGCCGAAGACGGCAACAAAGUCAAGGGACCCUGCUGAAGCCCCGGGUUACCAGUCGAACGACGAAAAUCUCCUUUGGCAGUCAUUUGUACCGAGGUCCUCUACUAAGAGAAGAGCCUCCGUCAGUGGAGAAGCGCCCAGACUGGCGAAACCCACAAUCCAUCCCAAGAGCUCAUCAUCUUCCGAUGACAUAGAGGCCGAGGUCGACCUUUUGCAAGAUCACUUUGCUCGCCUCGGCGGACCUGACGCGGGCAAAGGCAAACUCAAAGACGUAUCCAACGACAUUAAUAGCAAACGUUCGUUACCACCGGAACGCCGAGCUGCCGCCCUUGCUCGGAUCGAGAAGAGAAUGGCCGAAAAGAGAGCCCGGCGACGGGAUGGAACUGACAAGGAAAAUCUCCAAAUGGCAUCACCUCCUCAUGCAUCGGUCGAUGAGAUUCAAAGUGAAAUUGCCCUCUUAGAAAGUCGCCUAGACGAGGCAAAGGCUCGGCUCAGCGCUGUCGGCUCAGCUUCAGCGCCCUCAAUACCAUUCCGCCCUCAACUAUCCGCCUCCUCAUCCACGCACUUCCUCUUCCUCCUCUCCGACUCCGCCCUCCCCAUCGGCUCCUUUGCCUUCAGCAGCGGCCUCGAGUCCUUCGCCGCGCACAACCGCCGCGCCUCCUCCUUCAGCACGUUUCUGCCUCUAUCGCUCUCAUCCUAUGCCUCCACAACGCUGCCUUUUGUGCUUGCCGCGCAUCGCCAUCCCGCCUCUCUCGCAGCUCUCGACGACGAGCUCGAUGCGGCCGUGAUCUGCACUGUCGGGCGGCGCGCCAGCGUCGCUCAGGGAAGAGCCCUGCUGAGCAUCUGGGAGCGCUCGUUCAAGGCGACUCUGGUCCCGGGCAGCGAGGACGAUGCACUCACCUUGAGGGACUUUUCGACGCUGCUGAGGCGCGAGAGCAACAAGGCGGGCGGCGAGGCUCCCCUCGUUUCGGCGCAUCUUGGCCCGCUGUUCGGCGCGAUUUGCGCCAUCGUGGGGUUGACGCUGAGACAGACGGCCUAUGUCUUUAUGCUGAGUCACGUCAAGGCGUUGAUAUCGGCAGCAGUGAGGGCAAAUAUGUUUGGGCCCUAUCAAGCACAGAAACUGCUUGCCAGUGAGAAUGUGCAGACCAUGAUCAACGCCAUGGUGGAGAGGGAAUGGGAUACGCCGGUUGAGGAGGCUGGGCAGAGCGUACCGAUUGUUGAUUUAUGGGUUGGGCGACAUGAGCUGCUUUACUCGAGAAUUUUCAAUAGCUGA